AUUCUUUGCUUUUAUCUGUAGACCUUUGAUUGAGGAAGAAAAGCACUUUCUUUUAGUAGGGUAUCUUCUCUCUUUCUUCCCUCUGUCUCUGGCUCUUUUGGGUUUCGGAUUCUUCUUCCAAAAUGAAACCUUUCAGUUAUCAUGAGAGAUAUUCUACAAUAAAAAGGAAGGGUUCUGCACUAUCAGAUUCCAAGAGUAGGUCAUGCCUCUGCAGUCUCUUCGUUGUAGCUUCUUUGAUUUGUGGUGCUUACUUCACUAGUAGUGUGUUCACCUCAAACGAAUAUAAAGAGAGGGUAUCAAGAUGGGGGGUGAUUAGUCUAAUGCAGAAUGCAGAAUCCAAUAAAUGCAAGGAACAAUGCAGAGCUCCUGGGAGUGAAGCAUUACCUAGAAGAAUUGUUGUCAAAACAUCUAACUUGGAGAUGCAACCUUUAUGGAGUGACACCAUGGAAAAUGCUAAUUCAAAGCGAUCUAAGAGCUUGUUAGCCAUUGCUGUUGGAAUUAAGCAAAAAGAAAUUGUGGAUAAAAUUGUUAAAAAGUUUCCUUCAGACUACUUUGUUGUGAUGCUUUUUCAUUAUGAUGGCAUUGUGGAUGAAUGGCAUGAUUUAGAAUGGAGCAAUCAAGUAAUACACUUGUCUGCAGUAAAUCAAACGAAAUGGUGGUUUGCCAAGCGUUUCUUGCAUCCAGAUAUUGUUGCUGGAUACAAAUAUUUAUUCCUCUGGGAUGAGGACCUUGGGGUAGAGCAUUUUAAUCCAAGACGAUACUUGACAAUCGUUGAAGAUGAGGGACUUGAGAUAUCACAGCCAGCACUGGAUCCCUCUAGGUCAGAGGUGCAUCAUCAAAUUACAGCACGUAGGAGCAAAUCAAGGUUGCAUAGAAGGAUGUACAAAUUUAAAGGCAGCAGAAGGUGUGAUGACCACAGCACUGCCCCUCCAUGCAUAGGUUGGGUGGAAAUGAUGGCCCCUGUGUUCUCAAGAGCUGCUUGGCGAUGUGCAUGGUAUAUGAUCCAGAAUGAUCUAAUCCAUGCGUGGGGCCUGGAUACACAGCUUGGUUAUUGUGCACAAGGUGAUCGAAUGAAAAAUGUUGGCGUGGUUGAUGCAGAGUACAUAGUUCAUCAUGGUCUUCCUACGCUUGGUUUCAAGGUUGAAAAUGAGUUUAAUGCUACACAACCUGGUAUCACUCAAAGCGGGAAAUAUUCUAGCUCAGAAGCAACGGCACCAUCUGAGUCCCAAAAGGUUGAUAACAGACUUGAAGUGAGAAAACAGUCCUUCAUUGAGAUGCAGAUCUUCCGAAAAAGAUGGGAAAAUGCAGUGAAUGAGGAUAAAUGUUGGGUUGAUCCAUUUAAACAAUCAUUUAACCAAAGUACUCACUGAUUAUAUUCAUGGGGGCAUCCAUUUGUGCAAGGCCACUUACAUACUGAACACUGAUACAUCAUACACUGAUACAUUGUAUACAUAUAUCCACUUGAAUUUUUUCCGAGACAGCCUCACUACCUGAGAAGCUUCUGAUGUGGGGAAUGACUGACUUUAUACCUUUGUAAUCCAUUGAUCAUCUUUUACAUUGCCGAGACAGCCUCACUACCCAACAUUUUUCUUUGAAGAAUUCACUCUUGAAAGUUGCAGAAUGCUCUUUCUACCAACGAUGAUAUCCAGAAUCUGAUUGGUCUGUGUGCUGUUUAUCUUGGCUUUGGUUCUUGUUGAUUAUACAUUGACUGCAGUGUAACUAUGUUUUUGAGGUUGCCAAAUGUUGUAAAUUUAUAUUUCAUUAUUUUGGUUAUAUAUAUAUAUAUAUUUGCCUUUUUUCAUUUUUAGGAUUGGAUUUCAUUUAU